CACAGGAAAACUAAGUAAGGUUUUUAAAAACGCUCGAGGGAAAAGUCGCGAUUGUUUGCUGUUCACCGAGACGUUAACGACACGAAUCAGUCCAAAAUACUGCGAAAUGCUCUUCUGCAAAAGCACUUGUGAGUUUGAAAGAAGGAAGUUUAUCCAGUACGUGGAAUGAAAAACAAAGUUUACCAAAGUCUCAGAACUCAAGGGGAAGGAAUUCAUUUCCAGCCAUGGAUACACCAACCAGAAGCUCAAAGAGAAGUCGUUUGGUCUACGAAGAUGACGAUGGGCAGUUCACCUCCAGGUCUCCUAGAAGAAGUCAGAGAGUGACAACUGUGCCUCAGAAAUUUUCAAGCUUCCCAACACCGGAUAAGAAAGCAUCGCAAAAAAUUGGGUUGCGAUUACGGAACCUACUCAAACUCCCCAAAGCACAUAAAUGGUGCAUUUAUGAAUGGUUUUAUUCAAAUAUUGACAGGCCGCUAUUUGAAGGGGAUAAUGACUUCUGUCUUUGCCUGAAAGAGUCGUUCCCAAACCUCAAAACUAGAAAGCUGACUAGAGUUGAAUGGGGAACCAUCAGAAGACUGAUGGGUAAACCAAGACGGUGCUCAUCUGCAUUCCUCACCGAGGAGCGAUCUGCAUUAAAGCAAAAAAGGCAGAAAAUCCGGUUGCUCCAGCAAAGGAAAUUCACGGAUGUAUCGCACUGUAAAGACCUUCCUGAGGAAAUCCCACUGCCUUUAGUUAUAGGAACGAAAGUCACAGCCCGUCUCCGAGGAGUUCAUGAUGGUUUAUUCACAGGACAAAUUGAUGCAGUUGACACAAGUGCAGCCACCUAUAGGGUGACCUUUGACCGGAAUGGUUUAGGAACUCACACUGUUCCUGACUACGAAGUCCUGAGCAAUGAACCACAUGAAACGAUGCCUAUAUCUGCUUUUGCUCAGAAGCAGAGGCCUUCCCGGUUCCAAGCCUUAAUGACCCCACCCCGCGUGCCUUACGCCCCCUCCUCUCAGCCUGCUUUAAUGGAUAAUGACCCUCUCUUGGGUCAGUCACCCUGGAAGAGCAAAGUGCUGGGCACCGAAGGAGAGACACUCGGGGGGUUCCCUGUCAAAUUCCUUGUACAAGUUACACGAUUAUCAAAAAUCCUGAUGAUUAAGAAGGAACAUAUUAAGCAGCUCAAGGAAAUGAACACAGAGGCUGAAAAACUGAAAUCCUACUCCGUGCCUAUUGGGUUUGAGUUUCAGAAGAGAUAUGCCACAAUUGUGCUGGACCUAGAGCAGUUAAAUAAAGACCUGAACAAAGUCUUGCAUGAAGUACAGCAGUAUUGCUACAAGCUGGCCCCUGAGCAGGGCAUGCAGCCGGCCGACCAGCCCACCGACCUUCGGCGGCGCUGUGAAGAGGAGGCUGAGGAGCUUGUCCGGCAGGCCAACGCACACCCCAGUGGUCAGCUAUGUGUCCAGAACAAAGGCCUAACCCACCUCAUCUCCAGCCUCACUACUCUACUGCUGCAGAUAAAGUCCUUGGCAGAGGAAAAUGAUUUAAAUUCAUUUGAGUUCAAGUCUUUGACAGAUUCUCUUAAUGACAUCAAAAACUCAGUAGACAGUUCCAACAGCAGCUGUUUUCAGAAUAAUGUGGAGAUCCAUAUAGCGCACAUUCAGAGUGGCUUGAGUCAGAUGGGGAAUCUUCAUGCAUUCGCUGCCAACAACACAAACAACAUUUGAGUUGUAAUCUGUAGAGUUUUUCUAAAACAAAAAAAAAAUGUCUUGUGUCAUGAUGUGUAAAUCCAGGGGCAUAAUAUGAGAUACUGGGAGAGGGCUUAUACAUGUCAGUUUUUCUGUUUUCAGUCACUUGUAUGACAUUGUUUAGUGUCAAUAUGUGGUGGUAGGGUUUUUGUGUUACUCCAUGUUUGGAAUAACUUGGAUAUUAGUUUUGAGUAAAUAUCUGAGUGAACAAAUUUAGGUUCUCAGCUUUAAGGCUUUCUGCUUUUCUCUUGUUUUAUAGUGUGAUGAAAAUGUACAUUCACUCUAAAAUUCAAAGGGAUUGUUAAACUUAAACCCCAAUUCAGGUCUCACAUAAUUUUAAUGUUAAUCUGAUAUUAAUUGGAUUUACAUCUGUAAAAUCCCAUUUUGUUUUGAAUAUUGGUUAUUUUAAACUAUGCAUUACCAAAAUGUUGUGGGUGUUUUGGGGGGGGGGCAGGAUGUCUUGCACAAUACAAAUUUGACAUUUGACCUUUUGAUGCCAAGCAAGACUGCAUGUGUUAUACCUUUCAUUACUUCAUAUAACCUAUAUUGGCCUCUUGUGUGAUUUGAGAUUUUUUGUGCGUUUGUGGGGGGGGUGGUAAUGCAGCACAAAAUACUUUUGUAUUUUGUAUGAUGCAAAAUAUGGAGGAAUACUUAAACUAAAAGUUUCAACUUAAGUUUCUUGGUUCAGUUUCUGCAAUACUUAUUUGCAGCUUAAUGUUUUAAGCCUUUUAAUUUUGUAAUAUUGCAAUGCAGAUUUUCUUCCUACUUUAGCCUGUAUUAAUGAACAUAGUGCUUUGUAAAGUAUUGGUAUAGAUUACUGUAAAAUUGUACUUUUUAGAGGCUCAGAAGGUUCUCAAUGUUUCAAGAUACUUUCUGGUAUUUGAGAAGUAAAUUGUGUAAGCAUAUACAUUUUUCCACAAAUUUUGUACACAGUUAUAAAACAGUAUUUUAUAAGCAAGAGUGUUUUAUUUACCAUUGGUACAACUACUGUUGGACUGAUGCCUAUAUUUAAGCCUAAAUGAAUAGGCAGUUAAUGCACCACGUUACUUGCAGAUCUUUACCUAAAAUGAACGGAAGCAUUACUUGUGUAUUUAUAAAUGGUAAUUUCAGUGGAUGGCCAUUCAGUUGACCCUCAAAUUACCCAUUAAACUGUUUAUUUGUAAAUAUCUUUUGUUAUUUGAAAAUAUUAAACACAACCUUCUUAAAGCGA